CACCACACAAGAUGUCCACUGUCUCCCUACCCAGUUUAGAGUCCAUGUUUCCAGAGCACCUCUUCAGGGUGCCGCCAGACCUGCGUGUAAAAGGCAGCGAACCGCCCAGAUUCAUCCCAUCCUUCCCACCGCCCACCAAUGGGAAGCGCAAAGCAUCUUCAUCCUUCCACGUCCUGCGCUCGGAUGCAAACUCGUCAUCUAUUUCGUUCAGACAUAUUGUGCAUUCAGGCCCUAGCACCUUGCGGCACCAUUCGCCAUCACAUACUAGCGACUCGACCACGACAUCGAGCGAGGGGGAAGGGGACGAAGACUUGGAGAAUACUAGUGUUCCGAGCGGCAGAAGGCACGUUUGUAAACUCUGCGGCAAGUGUUUCAAUCGGCCGAGUAGCCUAAAGAUACAUGAGAACACUCAUACGGGCGCAAAACCAUUCCCAUGUCCCUUCCCAGGCUGUGGACGACAGUUCAACGUCAAUUCUAAUAUGCGAAGGCAUUACAGGUCUCACAUGGGUAUGGACAAAGCAGGGGCGAGCUUAUCGGGGUCUCCGGGCACAGCUUCAGCGUCAGACCCUAAAUUCAGUUCGCAAAAACGGCAGGUCCGUAGUGAUAGAGAGCGUUCGAGCUCGAGGGGUAGUGCAGAUAGCAAUGAGUUACAGACGUCGAAGAAGUUGAAAAUGAGUCGGGACAACCUCGUUGAUUUAUAGCAGACUCUUGUAGGCAAUGAUUAAAGCGCUUUUCAGUUCGCGCUCGGCUUAUGUAUUAUGCUUGAAUAAUGACUGUCAUGGUUUCCGU